CGUAGGUAGCAUGGGAUCUCAAGGGCGACUUACCUAACUUGGUGGUGUGCUUGAGUACAAUAGCACAGCACAAUGACACAGCAUGGAAACCUGCUUCUAAAAGAAAAGUACAUGUUUGAGAGGCCCUGUAAAAACCCAUCUCCAUGGCCUUCUCUCAUGGGGGGUGUCUACGGCAUCCUUAUCCAUCCGCCCUUGCUUCUUGCCGAGAAGAGGGGUGACCGGUGUCUGGACUCUGGAUCGACUUGAAAAAACGGGAUCCGCCGUUCAUGGAGCCAAGGCUACACGACCCAAA